UUUCGUGCGUGCGUUCGUUUCAUAGUUUAUCGUGCGCUUUCGUUCUACGAACACGUCCGUUAUGUGACACAACCACUCGACUGUCGCAUCAGACACUGAACCACCUAACAGGCUGUUCAACAUUUUGCACCUGUAAUCAUCUUUUUCCACAACACCAGCGACAGUUGAUACACAACAUCCGAGGGAUUCGAUCGGAUCGAAGUCGGUUAUUUGCGACGAUAUCGUGGCGGGAAUUUUCCCGAUCGCGGAGAACGUUUCCACCCAAACGGAGUUUCACGGACCGACGACGUCUCGAGUUUCGAAAUCUCGAUCGAUUCUCGAGAGGUUGAAACAAUCGGCGAGCACCGGAACGAUGACAUUGCCAGUGUCGUUAACAACUCGGUACGAUAAAUCGUUCGUAAGAGUUUUGUGCAUAACCGUAGCGAUUGAUUGUUUACGAAACGACGACAACGGACACGCGAUGAACGAUUCUCGUUGGUAAUCGUGUAUCAUUGCCAAACGAGUGAGACCACGGACACAGAGAGUAAAAUUUGCCUUUCAAUUGUUUCGAUAAUCGAUGCUUCGUCGAAGGUGCAACGAGAGUGAAAAGGGACAGCGAUAACCGGUAGUUUGUGUUAUGACUGGAUUAUUUUUUGCGCGGCAAAAGGAGGGGAACGAUGAAGAGCGGUCAGUGUUGAUGGUUUGUGCGCGAGAAAAGCGCGAAGGCCUCGAAGAGGAAGGACGAUCCGUGAAAUUUGGCGGCGGUGGGCCGCAGGGUCGUUCAUUGGUGGUUGGCGCGGGUGGCGCCAAAAUGCCCCGUGGCCUGCCGACUAGACGAAGCCUUCAGACGCUGGCACUUGUUCUUGCCACUGCUUAUGCCACGAUUCUUCUCUAUCAGGCCGUUGUACCGCGUCAGUGGGUCGACGAGAUAACUGUUGAGGUAAAUAGCAGAAGCAUGCUGGUAGAAAUGCCGGCUUCGCGGAAGCUGAUCAGCGAGGAGUCGUCGGUGACACCUGCGAUCGCCACGGCGACCAUGGCACCAUCUUCGACGAAUCUCGACGACGUGUUCAUCAGCGUGAAGACCACCAAGCAUUAUCAUCAUUCCCGUCUACCGGUGAUCAUCAGCACGUGGUUUCAAUUCGCCAAGGAUCAGACGUGGUUCUUCACUGACCGGGACGAUCCAUACUUCCAGAAUCAAACGAACGGCCACAUGAUCAACACGAAGUGCUCAUCCUCUCACAACAGGCGGGCCCUCUGCUGUAAAAUGUCCGUCGAGUUCGACAGGUUCCUCGACAGCGGCCGGAAAUGGUUCUGCCACUUCGACGAUGAUAAUUACGUGAACGUGCCACGACUGCUGAAGCUCCUCGACAACUACAAUCCGAGGGAGGAUUGGUAUCUGGGUAGGCCCUCGAUACCGGCACCGUUGGUCAUUACCAAGCAAGGACCGGAACCCUCGAAGCGACUGCAAAAGGUGAAAUUCUGGUUCGCGACGGGUGGCGCAGGAUUUUGCAUCAGCAAGGCUCUUGCGCUGAAAAUGACGCCGUUAGCUGGGGGCGGAAAGUUCAUCACAGUGGGCGACAGAAUUAGGUUGCCCGACGACGUGACGAUGGGCUAUAUUAUCGAGUACCUCCUGAAAAAGCAGCUCACCGUCGUCGAGCAGUUCCAUUCCCAUUUGGAACCAAUGAAGUUCCUUAACAAGGACACCUUCGCUGACCAGGUGUCGUUCAGUUACUCCAAGGGUUCCAGGGACGAAUGGAAUAUUUUGAAGAUCGAUGGAUUCGACAUGAUGGACGACCCUAAGAGAUUCAGGUCGAUCCAUUGCCAUCUGUUCCCCCACGUACCCAAUUGUCCACACAGAUGAUGACCAGCUGAACGAGCCGCGGCGAUCCGACGAAGAAGGAAGGAAAACGAGGCCGAAGACUACACGAUCUCUCGUUCUUUCUAGCUAGAAGCAUCCAUUCGAAAGGACUACGGUCGCUCACUGCGCGCAGGUAUGUUCGAUUUCUGUAAAGAAAUCGAGUCUGAGAUCGAUGUCGAAUCGAAAUGGAAUCGAUGCGUUAGAAAAUUGAAUCCCACGAAAUCGAUCUCUCGAAAAUCGGCUAAAAAUACGAUUUCUCUAAUUACGUUUCAUUUCAUAGUUCAAAAGCUUUAGGUUGGAUUUUUGUUGCGUAUUAUUCGUUUCGAACGAAUGCCGUGGACAUAGUAUUCAGCGUGUUAAAAAAUACAUUAAACGGUUAUUUAACACUAGUGCAUUUAAAAAUAGUAAAUUUUACAGGUGGUUGAACAAUGUUCACUCGCGAUUGAUAGUAAAUUUUUAAACGAAUUACCGUAGGAAAGAACGCAAUAAUAAAAAAGUUUUUAUUUCGCGUCGCGUUUGAACAUCGAUACCAUGGAACAUUUAAACUUCUACGAAUGCUCGGGCUCUCGUUUUUUCUUCGUCUCGUUCGCUAUCCUUCUCUGUAACGUCAGAGGUUAAACAAGAGCUCGAGUUUCGUUUACCUAGCAGCUAUAUGUUCGCAAAAAGAAUGCUAUAUUUAUAAGAAGCCGUCUAAAAUCGAUCGAAACCCGAAGAGAUUGCAAUCCUGCUUGAAAAAAACAAAGAACCUACUUCUAUGUUUUCCUGUUCCAUAUAUCUCUAUAAAAGAUGAGUAAAUUGGCGGGAAGGCCCUGGGCAUAAGAGUUGAAACGCUCGCGUAAAAAUUGUGUACGCCGAACGUAGUGACCUCUGGCGAUCUGCAACAGAACUACAGCAUCUAAUCUUAAGAACCGCGCGACCGAAGUAUAAUCGAUGCAUAAUCGAAUGUCCCUAGAACCAGACGCUACGUUUCGAACGUCUCGGACAAAGACCAAUCCUGGCGUUUAUUGCGACCAUUGUUUCAUCAUUUUUUGUACGUUUUAUGUAUGCGUGAGUCUCUAUGUACAUAGGUGUAGAUAGGACCGGUGGCUCCAUCGCGUUUCCAACGACAGAGAACGUAGACAGGGAGGCUCUCCGGUCUCCCAGGGCCAGAUACCAAUGGCUGAUCGACGAACCAGACGACAAGGAAAUCGUCCGUGUGUCGUUCGAAGUCCUCGAACCGAGGCGGAAGGCUUUAAUUUCCAAAAAGAUUAAUAUUAAUCGCGUAGAAUUAUUAUCGAGGAUCUGCCAUCGAUAUCUCGCUAACCUGGGUCGUAUUUAAAAAAAAAAUGGUUUCUUAAAAUUACGUUCUUCUUUGGCCGCGACGGGAAAAUUCACGUGAAUGUUCUUUUUCUCGUCGUGACGGAGGAAAUAAUAAAAUAUAUAGAUUGUAUAUAGGGAAAUAAAGUAAAUCGGUGAUUGUAUAUAAAAUAUGCGGGACACGUAACGUUGUUAUUGAAAAUGUUACAUAUCUUCUAUGGAUCUGGCUGGUGAUGUUUCCUCAAGUAAGGUAGGAAUGUUUGUAAGACGCGAAAUAAAAAAUUUGAAUCGACGACGUUAGGUGCCCCUCGAUCGUAAUUGUACCAUAAGACGAGAGAUGCAAGGAAUAUUUGGCGACAUUCUCGUCGCCGCGAAUUGAGAAAAUUACCUUAAGCUAGUCUCUUGUGUUAAGAAGCCGGUGAUCGCACAAUGUGAUAUUUAAGGGAUGCGAGUUGAUUCGCGUUUGUCGCUUUCGUGCGCGAAGGGGGGAUCGGACAUAUUGUUUGCUAGAUAGAGGUUAUGUAAACGUUUGUUUCUUUUCGAUCGAUAUAAAAGGCUUUUGAGGGUUAGAUUAUUGAAACAAACUUAUUUAAAAUUAGAAACUGAAAUUUCGACCAGGCUAAAUAGUCCUUCGAGCGCAAUAAAUAAAUACAUUUUUUAAAUAUUUUUAUUUGGGUCGUGCAAAGGGUAGAUAAUUUGUUUAUUUUGCGAUUCGUGUAUUGUCCAAUUCCCUCGUUCUCGGUUUGCGUUUUAUCGAUCGAAUCAGUGUGCAAUAUCGAGAGAGAGAGAGAGAGAGAGAGAGAGAGAAUGUUCCGUAGAUUUGUGGUUAGCUGUCUGAUUAAUUGUUUUUUCGGUAAUUUGGAGAACCCACGGGAGAAUGCGUGUUGCACACCUGUUGCGUCACCCGUGGGAUAGAGAAGCGAAAAAAAAUGGAUUCCGUCGAAUGGAAUCAGAGAAUGCAGCGGUACACGAUUAUACGUUGUAACAAUG